AUGGGGGCCCCUCCCGCCCUGCCCCUGCUCCUGCUCGUCGCCUGCUGCUGGGCGCCCGGCGGGGCCAACCUCUCCCAGGACGGCUACUGGCAGGAGCAGGAUUUGGAGCUGGGAACUCUGGCUCCGCUCGACGAGGCCAUCAGCUCCACAGUCUGGAGCAGCCCUGACAUGCUGGCCAGUCCAGACAGUCAGCCCUGGACGUCUGAUGAAACCGUGGUGGCUGGCGGCACCGUUGUACUCAAGUGCCAAGUGAAAGACCAUGAGGACUCUUCCUUGCAGUGGUCUAACCCUGCCCAGCAGACUCUCUAUUUUGGGGAGAAGAGAGCCCUUCGAGAUAAUCGGAUUCAGCUGGUUAGCUCCACUCCCCACGAGCUCAGCAUCAGCAUCAGCAACGUGGCCCUGGCAGAUGAGGGCGAGUACACCUGCUCCAUCUUCACCAUGCCUGUGCGGACCGCCAAGUCCCUCGUCACUGUGCUUGGAAUCCCACAGAAGCCCGUAAUCAGUGGUUACAAAUCAUCAUUACGGGAAAAGGAGACAACCACCCUCAACUGUCAGUCUUCUGGGAGCAAACCUCCAGCCGAGCUCGCCUGGAGGAAGGGUGACCAAGAACUCCGUGGAGAACCGACCCGAGCACGGGAAGAUCCCAAUGGUAAAACCUUCACUGUGAGCAGCUCGGUGACAUUCCAGGUUACCCGGGAGGAUGACGGGGCGAACAUCGUGUGUUCUGUGAACCAUGAGUCCCUAAAGGGCGCUGACAGAUCCACUUCUCAACGCAUUGAAGUUUUAUACACACCAACUGUGAAGAUCAGGCCAGACCCUCCUCACCCCCGGGAGGGCCAGAAGCUAUUGCUACACUGUGAGGGUCAUGGCAAUCCAGCACCCCAGCAGUACCUGUGGGAGAAGGAGGGCAGCGUGCCACCCCUGAAGAUGACCCAGGAGAGUGCCCUGAUCUUCCCCUUCCUCAACAAGAGUGACAGCGGCAUUUACGGCUGCACAGCCACCAGCAACAUGGGCAGCCAAAAGGCCUACUACACUCUCAAUGUCAAUGACCCCAGCCCGGUGCCCUCGUCCUCCAGCACCUACCACGCCAUCAUCGGAGGGAUCGUGGCUUUUAUCGUCUUCCUGCUGCUCAUCCUGCUCAUCUUCCUCGGCCACUACUUGAUCCGGCACAAAGGAACCUACCUGACACACGAGGCCAAGGGCUCCGACGAUGCCCCGGACGCGGACACCGCCAUCAUCAAUGCAGAAGGCGGGCAGUCAGGCGGGGAUGACAAGAAGGAAUAUUUCAUCUAGGGGCGCCCGCCCACCUUCUGCGCCCCCCAGGGGCCCCGUGGGGACUGCUGGGGCCGUCACCAACCCGGACUUGUACAGAGCGACCCCAGGGCCGCCCCUCCCGCUUGCUCCCCAGCCCGCCCACCCCCCUGUACAGAAUGUCUGCUUUGGGUGCGGUUUUGUACUCGGUUUGGAAUGGGGAGGGAGGAGGGCGGGGGGGAGGGGAGGGGUGCCCUCAGCCCUUUCCGUGGCUUCUCUGCGUUUGGGUUAUUAUUAUUUUUGUAACAAUCCCAAAUCAAAUCCGUCUCCAGGCUGGAGAGGCAGGAGCCCUGGGGUGAGGAAGGCAGAAAAUACUGGAGUGUUAGGAGGAGAGCAGAAGUGAGGGGAGGAAGAGCAGGGCCGCUCUGGAGGUGGGGGUCCUCACCAGGCCUCUCCCCAUCCACUCGCGACAGCGGAGCAGCUCCCCGACUUCUCCAGGAACCCAGCAGCAGAGGGUCCUGAGCUGGGGCUGAGGUGGCUCUUCCUCUGCCAGCCAUGCACCUCAAGCUACGGACAGGAAGGCAGGUGCCACCCUGACACCCCCUUCCAUCGCAGCGGGACGGGGUAAACGGGGGAGCCCUAAGGAGAAGUGACCUGCAGAUGGCACGCAGCCACGCAGGACCCAGGGCUGCAACGUGGGAGGAACGUGGGUGCCUGCGAGGAAGAGUAGGCUUGGAGAGGAGGAUGGGGAGAUGCCCCCGGCCAUGAAUGAAGCCAGGGCCUUUCACAAGAAGCUCCCUUGGGGGAGAGCAGGGCACGCCGCCCCUCCUCGCCCCAGGAGCUGCAGGAGAGGUGCUGCUCUGGGCCUGAACUGCAUCUGCUUCCCCUGCGAGGGGCCCUCCCGCUCGCCCACGCCCCCUGGACUGUUGCACGGCAACCACUCCUCCCAUGGCCUUGCUCAGCAGCUCCUUCUCCCCCCUCGUGCCACCCGUGUCCUCUUCCCAUUCCCCAUGCCAGCCCUCGGUCCUUCCUCCCUCAGCAGCCAGGCAGACACAACGACAAAAAUACUAAAAGGAGCUUCACUGCA